CAAGCAUGUAAACAAGUUCAGCCACGCCUGAAAUAUCUUCCACUCUGGGUACAAGUGGAGAAAAUCAUUCUAUAACACAGAAAGUGUCUGUUCCUAAUUAAUUCAACCAUUUGUACUGAUUAUUAAAUCUUCUAAGAUGGUACGUGAAGAAUAUACUGCAACAACACCAGGCUGUAACUUACAAAGACCAGAACCUCAGUAUGUCUACAGCAUUGGCAUAUACGGCUGGCGAAAGCGUUGUCUUUAUCUGCUUGUCCUCCUCCUGAUCAUCAUCCUAGUUGUGAAUCUCGCUUUGACAAUUUGGAUAAUGAAAGUGAUGUGGUUUUCUUCAACUGGAAUGGGAUACCUAGAAGUUCAAAGUGAGGGACUUCGUCUAGAAGGGGAGUCAGAAUUUUUAUAUCCUUUAUAUGCCAAAGAAGUUCACUCUAGAAAGGACUCAUUGCUACUUUUACAAUCUACUGAUAAUGUGACCUUAAAUGCACGCAAUGAGGAUGGGAAGGUCACUGGCAGGUUAAGUGUAGGUCCUGACAUGGUACUGUUCGAUGGUCAGGAAUUUCAGAUCAAUUCUGUGAACCAGGAUGGAAAGCACCUUUUUACAGCAACUGAAGAUGAAAUUAUGAUUGGUACAGAUAAACUUCGAGUCACAGGGCCAGAAGGAGCUCUUUGUGAACAUUCUAUAGAAACACCCCUUAUCAAAGGUGUUAAAGGUGUGAGCAAUGCUAAAGAGCUUAGACUUGAAUCUCCCACACGGUCUCUCAGCAUGGAUGCUCCACAAGGGAUUCAUAUUAAAGCUCCAGGUGGAGGUAUUAAAGCCCUGUCUCGUUUGGACAUCAUACUUUCCAGUAGCAAUGGUGUGCUUACACUUGAUGCCGAGACUUUACGACUGCCCAAAUUGCUUCAAGGAACAAGUGGAGAAUCUGAUGGAUCUCAAGGACUCUAUGAAAUCUGUGUUUGCUCAGAUGGAAAGCUCUACUUAGCAGAGGCUGCUAAGGACUCUACUUGCGUAACAUAUAGUCAUGAUUGUCAAUAAAGCACCCUAAACAUACA